ACACACUUCCAGUUCUAACCAUGGGCUGACACUCACUGACAACUCUUCGAUAUGCUACCAGAAUCGAUUCCCUGCAAACAAGUUUAAAGGGGAAGAAUCAAAAAGAAAAACUUUUUUUUUUUUUUGCACUCUUGAAAGCAGAUGAGAGAUGGCAAGAAUGCUGACAACCAAGAGCCUGGACUCCAUCGACUUGGCCUUAUUGAGAGAUCCUGCAGGAAUUUUUGAGCUGGUGGAAGUGGUCGGAAAUGGAACAUAUGGACAAGUCUAUAAGGGGCGGCAUGUGAAAACGGGACAGCUAGCAGCAAUUAAGCUUAUGAAUGUCACGGAGGAUGAAGAAGAAGAAAUAAAACUUGAAAUUAACAUGCUGAAGAAGUACUCCCAUCACAGAAACAUUGCUACAUACUACGGAGCUUUUGUCAAGAAAAGUCUAGCGGGUCAGGAUGAUCAGCUUUGGCUGGUAAUGGAAUACUGUGGAGCAGGGUCAGUUACCGACUUGGUCAAGAAGACAAAAGGCAAUUGCUUUAAAGAAGAUUGGAUUGCAUACAUAUGCAGAGAGGUUCUGCGGGGUCUGACUCACCUCCAUGCUCACCACGUUAUUCAUAGGGACAUCAAAGGGCAAAAUGUUCUCCUGACAGAAAACGCAGAAGUGAAAUUGGUUGACUUCGGCGUGAGCGCCCAAUUGGACAGAACGAUAGGCAGAAGAAACACGUUUAUUGGAACUCCCUACUGGAUGGCACCUGAGGUCAUUGCAUGUGACGAGAAUCCAGACUCCACAUAUGACUAUCGGAGCGAUCUCUGGUCUUUGGGAAUCACAGCUAUAGAGAUGGCAGAGGGAGCUCCACCUUUAUGUGACAUGCAUCCUAUGAGAGCACUUUUCCUAAUCCCUCGAAACCCGCCUCCAAAAUUGAAGUCAAGGAAGUGGUCAAAGAAGUGCCUUAAUUUUGUCGAUACCUGCCUUAUUAAGAACUACACUCAUCGGCCUACAACCGAGACCCUGCUUAAACAUUCCUUUGUACGAGAUCUACCAAAUGAACGCCAGAUACGCAUCAUGCUGAAAGAUCAUUUGGACAGGACAAGAAAGAAGAAGGAAAAAGAUGAAACAGGAUAUGAGUACAGUGGAAGUGAGGAGGAUGACGAGGAGAUGAAUGAAGAUGAAGGCGAGCCAAGCUCCAUUGUUAAUCUUCCCGGUGAAUCGACUCUCCGUCGUGAAUUCUUGCGAUUGCAGCAGGAAAACAAGAACAGAUCAGAUCCUCAGAGACAGCAGCAAUUACAGAAGCUAAAAGACCAGGAGAAAUACAAAAAACAGCUCCUGGCCGAACGCCAGAAACGGAUCGAGCAGCAGAAGGAGCAGAGGAAAAAGCUGGAGGAUCACCAGAAGAGGGAGCUGGAGCUAAGAAAGAUCCAAGGAUAUGAGCAACGAUCAACAGAAUGGGAAGAGCAGAUAAGAGCUGGAAGAGGAAAAAACGACCGAAAACAGAUGGAUAAGGAGAGAUGUCUCCUGGCAGAAAUACCUGAUGGGGUAGAAAAGAAACAGUAUGAGGAUCUCAGGCAGAAAACAGAUGGAAAAAGCACUCCUACUGGAAUCUCACAUUCUCAAAUGCAAAAGACUGAGGAAACUCAUAAUCAGAGGAAGCUUCAUCGGACUUUACCCAAAGAUCAGAGCCAGUUACUGUUUCUUCAACAUGACCAUAUGGAGAAGAAUGUACAGUCGCCAAAGAUCGCUUCAGAUCUUAAAAUCAUUGGAGCCACGAAUGAAUUAAAGAUUUCAGAAAAGAGAAUCCCAAAUGUUGACCAGUGCAAUCUUAAAUGGACAGGCUUUGUACAACAGGCACAUUCCAGACUUGGGUCUGGAAGCAGUUCUAGUCCAUGUACACCAGCUUUGCCUAGAGCCAUUUUGGAGAAUGAAAAUCUCCGUUCCAGUCGAGACAAUCACUGCAGCAGUUCCCUUUCUGACAUGAUCAGAAGUCCUCUGACCCCAGGAAAAGAUGAAGUGUUUUGGGGCUCAGCGCAAGGUGAAGAACAGCCACCUAAGGUUCCAGAGAGGACCACAUCAAAGUUUUAUAAGGACAACCGAGGCCACCAAAGAAGCCCAUCUGGCAGCUUCCUCCAGCAGUCCAAGGAGCAGCCUGACCACCCAGCAAAAUGUAGCAGCAUGGCUGGGAAUGCCAAUCAGAGCAGCAGGUUAAAACCAGAGUCUCCAAAAGAUAAGCAAGUGGUACAGAAUUAUCCCCAGCAAUUAGAGAAGGCUGAAAAUGAAUUACAUCUGGAUUUCAGAAAGAUUUCAAAUCACAAUUUUGUGGCAAAAGGAAGUGAAAGUAACAGGUCCUACUUAAAAGCAUCAUAUUACUCCUCUUCCAGUGAUGAGAUUGGCAGCAGUGAUGAUGAUAUCCAGAAAAAAAGGCAACCAUUGAGCAAUGGUAUAUUGGACAUCUCAAGAACAAGACCUGCAGAUGGAAAAGCAGAGAAACCUCCGAGCAGCAAGCAUCAAGACAAGGCGGCUGAACAGCAAAGUUGUAGCAGCAAUCAAGGACUCUGGAGCUCUUACAAUCAAAAUUAUCUCCUGCCAGAUCUUCUGCAACAGAGCCAUCCUUCAGAGACCUCAGUGAAUCAGCACAAAACUCCUCAAAAAAGUCACAAGCCUGUGAACAAAUCUCUGAAUGAUCAGAUGCCAAAUGGCGAGAGUCCACUGCCAAAGAAUAGCUCAUCCUCCACUUCAUCAUUUAGUGCAUUCAUCGACCCACGGCUACUGCAGUUCUCACCUCCAACAAGCCCUACAUGUUCCUCUAGUGGCACAAAAGUUGAGCCUUUCCGCAGAGAAAAUGCUAGGAAAGGAUCGGUUGUCAAUGUUAAUCCAACAAAUAUUCGACCUCAAAGUGACAGCCCUGAGAUUCGCAAGUAUAAAAAGAAAUUCAAUUCUGAGAUCCUCUGCGCUGCUCUAUGGGGUGUGAACCUUCUGGUUGGAACAGAGCAUGGCCUAUGGUUCCUGGACAGGAGUGGACAAGGCAGAGUUUAUUCCCUUAUAAGCAGAAGACGCUUCUACCAAAUGGAUGUUCUGGAAGGACUGAAUAUUCUCAUCACCAUUUCAGGCAAGAAGAACAAAUUGCGGGUUUAUUACUUAUCAUGGUUGAGAAAUAAAAUUCUACGGAAUGAUCCAGAAGUAGAAAAGAAACAAGGCUGGGUAUCUGUGGGGGACCUGGAAAGUUGUGUACACUACAAAGUUGUUAAAUAUGAAAGAAUAAAAUUCCUUGUUAUUGCUCUGAAGAACUCUGUGGAAGUGUAUGCAUGGGCACCAAAGCCAUACCAUAAAUUUAUGGCUUUUAAGUCAUUUUCAUCUCUGCAUCAAAAACCAUUAUUUGUCGACCUAACAGUGGAAAAUGGGCAGAGGCUGAAGGUUAUUUUUGGAUCUGCAGUGGGGUUUCAUGCCAUUGAUGUUGACUCUGGGACAGUGUAUGACCUUUACCUGCCCACACAUAUCCAGGGAAAUAUUCACCCUCAUGCAAUUAUCAUACUUCCCAAUACAAACGGCAUGGAGCUCCUGCUGAGUUAUGAAGAUGAAGGCAUUUAUAUUGAUACAUAUGGACACUUCACAAAGGAAACAGUUUUACAGUGGGGUGAAAUGCCAGCCUCUGUUGCAUAUCUUCAGUCCAAUCAAAUCAUGGGCUGGGGUGAGAAGGCUAUUGAACUGCGUUCUGGAGAGACGGGAACUCUAGAAGGAGUGUUCAUGCACAAAAAGGCACAGAAGUUAAAAUUUCUGUGUGAAAGAAACGACAAGGUAUUUUUUUCAUCGAUACAAUCUGGUGGCAGCAGUCAGAUUUACUUCAUGACCCUAGGACAAAAUGUUCUCUUCAACUGGUAACUUGGUGUCAAGCAUCUUGGGAAUUGCAGACCACAGCGGUGGCUGUGAGACAAGCCUCCUAAAAGUGUGCACCAUAAACCAGGAACCCAGAGGAGCUGCACAUUUGUAGUGAAUGUAACUCCUGAGUAUGAAGUAAGAAGAAACAGAGUCUGGGAAUGGCUUGUAGCAUUAGUUAUAUCUUGUGGUUACAUCUACAGUUUGCACACGCCAUUUUCAGGUUAUUGAAGAAAUUGUUUCUCUGGCUAUUGGUGAACCAAUAUUGCUGAGUGCCGGAGGUCAUAGAGUUAAUGUAGCAGAAGACAUAUAGAUUAAGGUUAGAUACAUUUAUCCCCGAGGAAACAAGCAUUGCACACACUAUACUGGUACAAUAUCUCAUGAAUUAGAUCUGCAUAGCAGUGUAUAAUAGGGAAAUCUCAGUCAGGACAGGUAUUAAAUGGGUUUUCAAACAAGAAAUCUAUCAAUGGCAUUCUAACCUCUGACUCCUUUAGUAUUAAUGAUACAGUUAACAUUCAUUCCUAAAGGAACACUAAACCUAGAAAUAAAUGAUAAAAGUAAAUAGGAGAUAAACUUAUCGACAGCAACCUGGACACUUAAACAUAGAAAGAGCAGAGAUUUACUGUAAAAAAAUGAAUUCAAGUCCUACUGAAUAUUUUCCCAUAAAACUAUAUAUCAAUCUGCUCAGCUCCUCCUGCUCUAUAACAUGCUGCCUGUAGAUCAGUGUCACAUGUUUCCUUUAAGCCUUACUCUAUUUAGAUUACGGCUUCUAUAUACAAUAGAAUUCACAAUGCUCUACCAGAUCUGUCGCACAACAGACUACAACCCACCCAGCAGAUCCCAUUGCCUUAUAAUGAGGUCUAUUCCACUGAGGCAUCCAUUGUUUUGAUGGAACAAACUGUGAUGCAUGCGAAUGUGAACAUAGCCUAAGUGGUAUGUACUAUGGGGGAUAUUUAUUAAGACCGGCGUUUCAGACCCCUUGCGCUGGAUCCGGCCGGCCUCCACAUAACUUUGGUACAUCCACCACCGGUCUAAAUGUAAGCCAGCUUUCUUGCGGGCCAUCCCGUCCAAGGCAGGACGUCCCCUUCCCCACCCAUGCCACGCCCCCAUUUUUAGACAUGGCGUCAGCGGGAAAAAGUCACAGAUUGCUGCGCAAAUAACCUUUGUGCCACAAGCUGCGACAGAUAUAUG